UGUUCUAAAUGAGGAAAGAAGUCUGCCAAAUCGCGCAAUCUCGCUGACCUGCCUAAUUUGCAUUCAUUGUCCCUGUAUUCACUGAGAGAAAUCUACGUUUGAAUUAACUAGGUUGCAUUGUAUAACGAUGGGGGGGAAUCGGGGACGAAAGGAGAUGAAGAAACCCGCAAAGGGCAGCGGUCUUAACCCGUGCUUACAGCCUGAUGGGUCUCAGCUCGGCAUUCCCAAUGAAACCACUGAAGACCCCAGCGGAGCCUCUCAGCCCAUUAUGCUGGCACUUCAUGAAGAGCCGCUUGAUGAGACAUAUGCAACCUCAUCGUCGACAGCUGCUCGCAUGACAUACAACUAUACGCUUCCCUCAUCGUUGGUGGCCGACGGCACAUCAUACGACUAUCCACUUCCUUCAUCAUCGAUGGCUCACCCGACGUCAUACUCAACAGCCUUCGCCCAUAUGACAGCGCCAUGGGCAGUUGAGACGCCAGCCCCGCCAAGCACAACUUUGAUGCGCGAUCGCCUCUCAGAAACCCCGAUGUCACAUCACCCGGCUGGUGACGCCCUCCCAUUCUGUGGGGCACCGGACUUGGCUACGACAAUACGGCCAAUGUGUCUUCCGACGCCAUCGAUUUUGCAAUACCCCCAGGAGUUGUCGUUCGAGGGCUCCCAGCGAAUUUCCCAAAUUGCACGACCCAGCCCUUACCCUAUUAUUUCAAGUGGCAUCCGGCGUGUCUUUGCAUAUGGCCCACGACGUUUCUCUGAAACAGAGCGUGGUUCAUUUGUCAACAUCGGCGUCAUCAAAGCAGGAGCCAAUCACACGAUCACGUCCCGGCGCCAAACUCGUCGCACGCUUCCGCCAACUUCUACACUACUACCGCCACCAACUCCCGAAGCUCCAACGAACGAAACCGACGAAACCCCAAUUCAGAAUAUAACGCAACUCCCACCAGAUCAACUAAGCAAGGUAAUUCAGGAAGCAAAAAAUGGCAUGCGCCGCCGACUCGUUUGUACAAACAUUUUCCCCACCCAAGUCGAAGCAAACUCGUUCGCAGAGGAUGCAAUCACUGACGCGCUUAGAACUCUAAUAACAGAUCCCCACUGGGUCCUUGACAGAGCCAAAGAUGGCAAAGCGAUCUCUCAGGUUCUCCAAAUACCUAAUAGCAUCCGAACACUCUUCAAGAACGUUGCGUGUGCGCAGGUCCUAAUCGGCUAUGGUAUCAAUGUGUGCGACGAUGACCUCUUGCUCGACCAAACGCAAAUCCGAGAAUCUGUCUGUGGUCGCAUCCAACACCUACUUCGAGAUUAUAACUUCUUAUACACGGAGGUAUGUACUUUGUUUGCUGAACUACACUCCCUGCUAACAACCAACAUAGGAUCCUCCCCGACGAUUUGGGCAUCAUGCCCUCACCCAUCUAUUGAUAUCCGCCACCUGGACAAUGCCGGGAGCACUCUUCAAGUCGUUGGACGUCGACGAUGCGGCUACUAUCGAUGGUCUCGUUGCACUAGCCGGUGCUGCCCUGAGCAGCGCAUUGCACGAGUACCGUGAGGGGGUAGUUUGUGUCGUCGAAUUCUCAAAUCUCCUUGCCGGUGAACGUUACAGGGAAAUUAUUCAAAUCAUUCGUGUACUGCUAGGCCGUAGUUAUCAAGGUAGCUACUAAUCAAGGCUCCAGCCCAAAUUGCGAGAUCUGAAAUCCGGUUGCCCA